CUAUCUUUUGGCUCUCGGGCAGUAUUCUCGACUUUGGCGAGUGGUUCAUAGCAGCAGACCAACAGGACAACGAUGAUGACAUCACAGGCCGCACCGGCGUGGACGCCUGUCUCCCACGCACCGGCGGCUGUCUCGACGAUCGCCAUUCCGAUCGCGCUGCGGCGCGAAAUGCGCGCGCGAAUCGUCCAACUCCUUCAGCAACGCAGCCGUGCGUCGGCUGCCUCGACCGGGCACCUCCAAAAGGUCGCCGCCCGCAUUGACAACCGGUUGGUGCAGCUCGCGGGUUCCUGCGCCGAGUACCAGGACCUUUGCACGCUGCCCAAGCGCGUCCAUGCGAGCGCGCUUGAGAUUUGCGACGCGCUGGCGAAGAAGCGCCCGGCCGAGGUCGUCGACGAGUCGCGCAAGCGCCCACACCACAUGACGUACGCCAACGACGGCGAGGCAAGCCCGCGCGAAGGCUAUUCGUCGGACGAACAGUCGUCGCCCGUGCCGAUCCAAGGCGGCGUGCUCGUUCAGAAGAGCCUCUCGCGCUCGUACUCGCGUCGAACAAAGGCCAAGCUGAGCCCGACGCCCGUGCCGCGCUUCAACGGCGUCAUCCCCAUGUCGCUUCUGUGCACUCCGAUUUGCACGGAGCAGGAGCGCUUGACGCUGACGCUGUCGAUGGACACGCUCGGCGAGAUGCUCUCGGGCCAGCGUCCGUUCCUUCCGGGCUUUACGAGUGUCGAAGUGCUUACGAUCCAGCCGGCGUCGGUCAACAACUUGUCGGCAUCGACGGCGAUCUGCCACGCAUUCGCUUCGUUCCUCAGUGGCGGCGGAUGCCGCAGUGUCAAGUCGCUGACCAUGUCGGGCAUCUUCCCGACGCUGGCGCCGACGCUGCAGCACCCAUUCAACUCGCUCUUUGACGCGUUUGCGAGCGGCGCGUGCCCGAACUUGACGCAGCUCCACUGCAAGGGCAACGCACUGGGCGAUGCCGGCGCGACGGCCAUGAGCCUUUGGCUGGCCAACGCCUCGAGCAAGCUCGACACGCUCUCGCUGGUGGGCAACCAGAUUGGUGAUGCGGGCGUCUUGGCGCUCGCGUGGGCCUUCUCGCGCCGCGGCGGCACGAUCACCACGAUCGAUCUCGGCCAGAACGUCAUCCAGGACAAGGGCGCGGGUGCGCUCGCCGCAGUCUUCAAGUCGGGUGGCUUCUCGUCGCUGCAAGUGCUGCACUUGCGCAACAACUCGAUCGGCGCCGCGGGCGCCAAGUGUCUUCUCAAGGCGAUCCGGUCGUCGCCCGAGCGAUUGCCGCUGCGGGAAAUGAACAUUGACGCGUCCGUGCUCCAGCAACUCCAGCGUGCGGCGUGAGCACGUAUUAUUUUAUUUUAAUUAUUUUGAAGCAAAUGGCAAUAUUAGAAUGUAGUUUUUAUCUGAAUC